AUUGAAUGAAAUGGUGUUGACACAGCUCAUCCUGUUUAACAGGAGAAGACAAGGGGAAGUUUCGAAGAUUAGGCUCUCUGAUUUUGUUAACAACUGUAAAAAAGGUGAGGAGAGUGUCACUGAUAUUCCUCUUACAGAGUGGGAGAAAGCACUGAGUAAAGUGCUGUGGAGAGUAGAAAUAGUUGGAAAAAGGGGAAGAACAGUGCCAUUGCUGAUAAGUGAAGACAUGAAGAACAACAUAGAUCUGCUGAUUAAAAAUAGAGGAGAAGUGGUAAAUGAAGAUAAUGUAUUUCUGUUCCCAGUUGUAGGGUCUCUAAACCACAUAAGAGGCUGCGAUGCUUUGAGAAAAUAUGCAGAAGCGUGUGGAUGUAAAAAACCUGAACUAAUUCGUUCCACUAGACUUCGAAAGCAUAUUGCGACGGUCUCACAAAUAAUGAACUUGAAGGAUAACGAACUAGAUGUUUUGGCAAAUUUUCUAGGCCAUGACGUUAGAGUCCAUCGGGAGUAUUAUCGCUUACCUAAUGCUACAGUACAAGUUGCAAAAGUAUCCAAAUUACUGAUGGCAUUGGAGAAUGGGAGUAUUACCUCAAUACAAGGAAAAUCCUUAGAUGAAGUAACGCUAAAUCCAUUAGAAGAGGUUGAUGCUGAGUGUGAAUCGGAUGAUGACGAUCACAAUGAGAAACAGAAUGAUGUUGUUGAUCAACCACCACCUCUAACAAGCAACUCGAAACAAACACGAAUACCAUGGACUGAGAAAGAGGCUGCAGCCGUUAUGAGGCACCUUGGAAACCAUAUUCUCACAAAUAUAAUUCCCAGUAAGAAAGAUAUCGAUAUCUGCUUAAGAAAAGAAGGGGACACACUUUACAGAAGGUCCUGGAGAAACAUUAAGGACUUCUGUCGAAACAAAAUCGUAAAGAAAUCCAGGCAACUGCAUAAGUUUGUUAAUUAGUUGUUUAUGAUAGCAGUGUGACUCGAGUUGUAGUGCUUCCAUUUUUGCAUUUACAUUUGAACCAUGUUGAUUUGUACUUGUAGUAAGAAAUUUUAAAUAAGUUGCAUAUUUAAAAUUUAAUAACACUUACAAUUUUUCCUGCCCUCCCAAAAAUGUUGCUUAGUUAUUAUAGGUGGAUAUUGUUUAAAAAUGUUAUGAUGGUAUUCUCUUGAUCUUAAAGCUUGUAGUAGUUUGGCUUUUCUUGUGUAAUGAUAAGGUCCCUGACAGCCGAAUCAAAAUAUCAUAAACUAAUGUAAUACAUUCAUUGACAUCCAUUAAUUCAAGAAUAUUCCAACAAAAUUUAUUAAAGGUUUCUCUUAAACUACUAAAAUUGGCUUUUAAUAUUUUCUGCAUUAGAUGAUAAGCCAUGUUUAUCUAAAAUAACAUUUAUAUUGUAUGAUUUAUUAUUUGCAAUAUUAUUUUACAUUCUAAAUUUUUGUCUAUUAUUUACUAGAAGUGAAGGAAUGGCGCUAACUUUACUUCUUUUAGCAAAAAAAAUUGAGUUGCCAAAAAAAAAAAAAAAAAAGUAGAUAACGAUUAAAAUGUAGAUAAUAGUAAUCAUGAACAUAUUGAUGAGUAUAGUAGUGUUAACUAUGAUUAUAGCUAAACGAUAAUAAUCUUUAACAUGUUAAUAGUUGUGUUGACUUAGGUGAUGAUUUAGAGUUAAUAAUAAUCAUGAACAUAUUGAUGAGUCAAAAAACAUUUAGUACUUUAAAGCCUAGUUUAUUUGACAGUACACUAGCUUUCGCGCACACAAUGCACUUCUUCAGGUGAAUGUGAAGCUAAAUAUAAACAGUAUAGAUAGACAGAAACCGAAAGGUCCACUGAUUAAUCUCAGAUAAGAAAGUAUAAUACAUACUCCAAG